AUGGAUGAUUAUCCAAAUAGAAGACGACCUCAUAAUGCAGCAGCCCCCAUCAUAGGUUCUCCUUUAUCUGAUCCAGGUAUAUCCUCAUUAUCCACAUCACCGCAAUCCUUCUUUUUUGAGAGGACUCAAUCGCUGGAUGCCAUCACACAUCAAUCCUUCCCAGAUAUGGGAAGAUCUCUUUCUGUCGUAAGCGAGAUCGAGGUCAUCCUGGAUGAUGGCACUACGCAAAAGAGAACUGUAUCGCUCUCUACGAUACCUGACCAAGACGAGCACGAAGAUCACUACGGAUCAAGACGAAGCAGAAGAAACAGCUCAACAGACAAUCACCAUGAUGAUGCGGAUGCGGAUGACACAACACCACUAUUAAAGUCGCACAAGGACGUAUAUCAGGCCAUAGGCUAUCAACCUCAUCAGGAAGAUCAGUUAUCUUCUUCUUCUGACAGUGAUACAGACUCCUCCACCUCAGACGACGACUCAGACGAGUCAUUCUUCCCUGUGCAAACAACGCCUUCCAAACGCAAAUCACACUAUGUCAUUGAGGACGAUCAUGGAUCUGCAGGCUGGGCAAGUCGGCUCUAUUCCACGAUACAUGCCCUUUCAGCUGCUUGUACAUUUACGCCUCGUCAACGUCUUGUGCUCAAGUGCAGUUUUGCCUACAUGUUGGGCUCCUUGUUCACAUUUGUGCCUGCCAUGAACGCACUGAUCGGCUACAACCAUGUCUCCAGCCAUCUGGUAGCGACAGCCACCGUUUUUUUCAAUCCUGCGAAAUCACUAGGCGGCAUGGUAGAAGCGGCACUGUAUGGUUGGGGAUACACACUGUUUGCGUUGGUCGUGUGCUUGGGCUCCAUGAUUACAACCGACUUUUUUGUGGAUCGCAACAUGUUUAACAUUGCGCAUGCCAUCUCGCUGGGCUUCUGGUUAGCGGGAUCUACAUUUAUUGUGGCAUUUCUAAAGGCACAUUGGAACAAACCACCUGUUGCCACAGCAUCUAGCUUAUGUUUCAUCAUCAUUUUCAUUAUUGUGGUUCGAGAAGGGUCAGCGAAUCGAGGUGAUUUCGAUACGACUCGCAUUGAACAAAUUACAUCUGCCGUGGCGACUGGUACCUUGGUCACUGUGUCAUGUUGCAUUCUCUUCUGGCCUAUAUCCGCAAGCAAGAAGCUAAAGCAGGAUUUAGAGGCUACACUCAUGUCGUACAAGGUGCUUUUGAAACUGUUGACCAAAACCUUCUUGUUGGAUGAUGAUCUCCCUGAAUUCAAGGCAAAUAAUUCCCUCAAAACAGCUAUUGACUCUCACCGCGCUAGUUUCACAUCGUUGCAGAAAUCACUGGCUGAGGCAAAACUGGAGGUUAUUUGGAAUGACGAAAUAAGAGGCUGCACAAAGGAAUACGAUGCUGUGGUCAAGAGCAUGCAGCGCCUCGCUCAGUCGAUGGGUGGCCUCAGAAGCAGUUGUGGUCUCCAGUUUGAACUCAUGCAACAAGAUGGUGCAAAAAACGCUAAAAAGCCUGGUUCAUCAUCAUCCCCCUCGGCUGCAUCAUCGUCGCGCAAUAUCAAGCUUAGAAAAGGCAGGGAGACCUGGAACAUCAAAGCAGAUCAUCACCGUCGUAAGUUGGAAGGCCAGAUCAGGCGUCAAAAGCAACAACAGCGACAACAACAGCAAAGCGCCUUCAAAUCAAAAAGAGCACUGACAGAAGACGAAUUCUUUCAACUGCCUAACCAUCAUAGCCAUCAAAACGAAGAUCCAGACGACGACACAUUAAUUGAAUUCAUUCACACUAUACGCCAACCGUUGAAAUCACUUGCCUACACGUGUAAACAAACCAUCCUUCAUUUACAAAAUGAGUUUUCCAGCAAACCUAGAACUGGGCCCAGCCACGAAACACUCAAGAGUAAUCUGAUUAAAGCCAUUGCCUUGUUUGAGGUAUCGCAACGUCAAGCUGUGAAACGAUUAAACAAGCAUCGAUUGAAACGCCAUCCUCCUCCUCCAUCCAGUAGCACCAGCGCCUUUCACUCUUGGGCUGAUAGCUAUGCUCCUUCCGAGGAUGUGUUUUUGGUGUACUUUUUUGUAUUCAACAUGAUUGAAUUUGCAAGAGAAUUGAUCUCGUUGGUGGAAUCAGUAGAGGCACUCUCCAUUGUCAAACAAAAGAAGCGCACCUUGUGUGCCCUGAUCUGCCAAUUCUUCACCAGCAAAACAUCUGAAGCGACGACGACAGCAGCAUCAGAUAAAAAGAAGCCUGCCUUUAUUCCAAAUGAACGACACAAGAUGGACACUUUGCACACACCUGUACCCAAGACACAUUGGAGACGUAUUAUUUUGCGUGUAUGGAGAACAUUUUCACUGUUUAAACUACAAAAGGUGAGAUAUGCUACCAAGGCGACUGUGGCUGUGAUUCUGCUAGCCAUACCUGCUUUUCUGGAAUCCACGGGUGCCUGGUUUCGUGAAUGGCGCAUGGAAUGGGCUCUUAUUACUUUGAUGGUUGUCAUGACACCAGUUGUUGGAGGCACCAAUUUAGUCGCCAUUUAUCGUAUUUACUCUACUACGUUGGGCUGCUUUGUAGCUAUGUGUUUCUAUUUGCUGUUUCCAGACAACAUGUACAUUUUGAUCCUGUGUACCUGGCUGUUUUCUAUUCCUAAUUUCUGGUUAAUUCUUCAUCACAAGCACGGCAAAUUUGGUCAAUUCACCUUGCUCGCUUACAAUCUGGUCAUGCUCAACAAGUACAAUGACAGAGAAACACAUCGCAUUGAAGUGACUCACUUGGCAUUGCAGCGAUUGCUGUCUAUCUUAGUCGGUGUCAUUUUUGGUUUGUUCGCUACUGCUUAUGUUUGGCCCUAUGAAGCCAGAGUGGAACUACGGAAGGGUGUUUCUGACUUUUUGCUUCGGCUAGCUUGGCUCUACCAGCGAUUGGUAUCCGUCUACUCACAACGACCUUCUUCCUCGCCUACUGAGAGUAGCGUCAUUGCAUUCGCUUCGUUGGACGAUGUACGCGCACAAAGACAACAUGCCUCGCAAGUGUUUAUGGAUGUGGAACUUGGGCUUCAGCGUACCUUGUUGGAGCUGCAAGAAUUGCUCAAACAAACGCCCAAUGAACCUCGGUUAAAGGGUGCAUUUCCCGUAGCGACCUACAGCGACAUUUUAGCUUCAUUGCAAAAUAUCACAGACAAGUUUGCCUCCAUGCGAACAGUGGUCUUCAAAGAUGUCUGGUAUGAGCAAGUGCAGCAAGACUUUAUCAGCCCCGUGAGCCAAGAGAGAAAGGAAAUGGUAGGCAAUGUCUUGCUCUACUUUUACAUUUUAGCCUCGGCCAUACGACUCAAGACGCCCUUGCCACCGUAUUUACCUCCAGCACGUAAGGCAUGGGAAUCAUUGAUCACACGAUUGCGACAGCUCCCUGUCGUUCAGUCCAAACAACUGCUUGAAAAGGAUCACGUCUACUUAUUCUACUAUACCUAUGUUACUGUAUUGGAAGACAUUAUUCGAGAGUUAGACAAGCUUGGUGCCAACAUGACGCUCUUGUUCGGUGCCCUUGUACCAGGAGAUCAGUGGGAGGCAUUGUUUGAUGCCAACGCAGACGACAUUGAGCAAAGUACUAGUCUUUUGCUGUUUGAGGAGAACCAUUAG